AUGCUGGAACCUCCCAUACUGGAACCUCCCAUACUGGAACCUCCCAUACUGGAGCCUCCCAUACUGGAUCCUCCCAUACUGGAGCCUCCCAUACUGGAACCUCCUAUACUGGAGCCUCCCAUACUGGAGCCUCCCAUACUGGAGCUUCCCAUACUGGAACCUCCCAUACUGGAGCCUCCCACACUGGAGCCUCCCAUACUGGAGCCUCCCAUACUGGAGCCUCCCAUACUGGAACCUCCCAUACUGGAGCCUCCCAUACUGGAACCUCCCAUACUGGAACCUCCCAUACUGGAGCCUCCCACACUGGAACCUCCCAUACUGGAGCCUCCCACACUGGAGCCUCCCAUACUGGAGCCUCCCAUACUGGAACCUCCCAUACUGGAGCCUCCCACACUGGAGCCUCCCAUACUGGAGCCUCCCAUACUGGAACCUCCCAUACUGGAGCCUCCCAUACUGGAAUCUCCCAUACUGGAACCUCCCAUACUGGAGCCUCCCAUACUGGAUCCUCCCAUACUGGAGCCUCCCAUACUGGAACCUCCUAUACUGGAGCCUCCCAUACUGGAGCCUCCCAUACUAGAGCUUCCCAUACUGGAACCUCCCAUACUGGAGCCUCCCACACUGGAGCCUCCCAUACUGGAGCCUCCCAUACUGGAGCCUCCCAUACUGGAACCUCCCAUACUGGAGCCUCCCAUACUGGAACCUCCCAUACUGGAACCUCCCAUACUGGAGCCUCCCACACUGGAACCUCCCACACUGGAGCCUCCCACACUGGAGCCUCCCAUACUGGAGCCUCCCAUACUGGAACCUCCCAUACUGGAGCCUCCCAUACUGGAACCUCCCAUACUGGAGCCUCCCAUACUGGAACCUCCCAUACUGGAGCCUCCCAUACUGGAACCUCCCAUACUGGAGCCUCCCAUACUGGAACCUCCCAUACUGGAACCUCCCAUACUGGAGCCUCCCAUACUGGAGCCUCCCAUACUGGAACCUCCCAUACUGGAACCUCCCAUACUGGAGCCUCCCAUACUGGAACCUCCCAUACUGGAACCUCCCAUACUGGAGCCUCCCAUACUGGAACCUCCCAUACUGGAGCCUCCCAUACUGGAACCUCACAUACUGGAGCCUCCCAUACUGGAACCUCCCAUACUGGAGCCUCCCAUACUGGAGCCUCCCAUACUGGAACCUCCCAUACUGGAACCUCCCAUACUGGAACAUCCCAUACUGGAGCCUCCCAUACUGGAACCUCCCAUACUGGAACCUCCCAUACUGGAACCUCCCAUACUGGAGCCUCCCAUACUGGAACCUCCCAUACUGGAGCCCCUGAAACCUGACAGUUUAUGA